AUGUUUCUCUCUAAAUCACUCUUCCAAAACACCAACAAGAAAUCUGCUCUUCAAGCCAGCAUUGUUCAACAACUCCUAACUAAGAAUACUCAAAAGAGAACAUUGCUCCUCAACAAGAAUACCAGAGUUAUCUGCCAAGGUGUUACCGGUAAGCAAGGUACUUUCCACACCAAACAAGCUAUUGAAUAUGGUACCAAGAUGGUUGGUGGUGUUCACCCACAAAAAGGUGGUCAAACUCACCCAAACAUGGACCUUCCAAUCUUUGCUAGUGUAAAGGAAGCUAGAGAAAAGGUUGGUGCUUCUGCCAGUGUUAUCUACGUUCCACCUUCUGGUGCUGCCCAAGCUAUUUUGGAAAGUAUUGAAGCCGAAAUGCCAUUGAUUGUUUGUAUUACUGAAGAUCUUGAAUUGUUCCGUAAAUUGGUUCCUUCUGCUCCUGAAUACGGAAACAAUUUGCACAUUCGUUUGGUUGGUCCAAAUUGUCCUGGUGUUAUUAAACCUGAAGAAUCCAAGAUUGGUAUCAUGCCUGGAUACAUUCACAGAAAGGGUAAGAUUGGUAUUGUUUCUCGUUCCGGUACUUUGACUUAUGAAGCUGUUUCCCAAACUACUGCUGUCAAUUUGGGACAAUCCACUUGUAUUGGUAUUGGUGGUGAUCCAUUCAAUGGUACUAACUUUAUUCAAGUUUUGGAUUUGUUCUUGAAUGAUCCUGAAACUGAAGGUAUUAUUAUGAUUGGUGAGAUCGGUGGUCAAGCUGAAGAAGAUGCUGCCGAAUUCUUAAAGAAUCACCCAAUUAAGAAGCCAGUUGUUGGUUUCAUUGCUGGUGUUACUGCUCCACCAGGUAGAAGAAUGGGUCACGCUGGUGCCGUUAUCAGUGGUGGUAAGGGUGAUGCUCCAUCAAAGAUUAAGGCUUUGGAAGAUGCUGGUGUUGUCGUCUCCAGAUCUCCUGCCAGACUCGGAGAAACCAUGAAACAAGUUAUGGAUGCUUGGAAUAAGAAAUAA